UUUAUCAGUGCCUUAAUUACAGUAUUAAAGUGUACUUCAGCGAACAUUGUUUUGCCGCCCACAAAUAACGGACAGCGUGCUUCCAUCCAGGGCGGCCUGUUGCCAGGCACCUUUGAAGCGGACAGCGUGCACUUCCAUUGGGGCUCGGCCAACAGUCGUGGAUCCGAGCAUCUCAUCAAUGGUCAACGUUACGACGUCGAAAUGCACAUUGUUCAUAAGAAUGCUCGUUAUGCCACGGUAGCCGAAGCAAGUUUGCGUCCAGAUGGUCUUGCCGCUUUGACAGUCAUGUUUCAGGCUGUACCUUCACUUUCCUCGACGCAUUUUGGCCUUAACCGAAUCUUAGAUCGAUUACCUCAAGUUAUUAGAGACCAAUCUAGUACGAUGAUAGCUGGGCAAUUAACGAUGAACGAUCUCUUGGGACGAAUUCCUACUGGAAGGUUUUACGCAUAUUCUGGCUCCAUGACUAUGCCUGAAUGCGCCGAAUCUGUUAGUUGGAUUGUGUUCUUGGAUUCUGUGAGACUACCUAGACGACAGAUCGCCAAAUUUUGGGAUUUGCUAGACGAACGCAGGCUUCCUUUGAUAAACAACUACCGUAGUCUGCAGGCAAUAAAUGGAAGGCCAAUCUUCCAGAGAACUCUGAUAUAA